AUGUGUGGUGUUCUUCUCCUGAUUUUUGCGCUGAUUUUUUCGAGUUCCGGUAAGUCUAGAGCUCUUUAAAGUGAAAAAUUCGGAUUCAGCGCGUAAUUUUGGCCUAGCUGCAUUUCUAGGCCACCAAAAAUCUUCCAAAAACCGUCAUUUUGCUCCAAAUGGCCUAGAAAACCAAAUUUCAGCACUCGUCCCUGACGUCUGUGCUCCAAAACUGGACCUCGGCUGCCCGAAACCAAAUGCCACACAAAAAUCGGAAAUUCGCUGGCAUUUUGACCCCGAAUUGGAGCAAUGUUUCGCCUUCAAAUACACGGGAUGUGGCGGGAAUUCGAAUAAUUUCAACACUCAAACACUUUGCGAAGCUCUGUGUUUAGCCGUGGAUCGACAGACGUGUCCAGCUAACACAAAACCAUCGAGCACUUGUGAAGCUGAGGUGAGCCGUGUUUUAUAUGCGACAUUUUCAAUGGCAGAGAAAAAGAGUCAGAUGGCCGAGUGGUUAGCACGCGCGCCUCGCGUUCGCAAAGCCCGGGUUCGAGUCCCCAUGUUGCCUAACUUUUUUUUUACUUUUUUUUUUUAAUUGUUUUCUCUUACAGAAAGACUGUGCCCCCUCUGAAUACUGCAAAAAUCGUAUCAUGGGCUCCUCGAUCUGCUGCUCCAAAGAGGUUCGCACCAAAUUCGAGCAUAAUUUCGAAAUCUGCCCGCAAGGCAAACAACUCGUGGGACAGGAUUUCUUGGGGAAAUCGUGUAAAUCCAAUUUUUGCCCGGAAAAUUCCACGUGUCACGAUGGAGCAUAUUUUGCUGUUUGUUGUAAAUGA